AUGCUGAUGGAUGAGUAUGAGGAAAACAAGGACAUGUGUCCGAUCUGUAAGACAGAUAGAUACCUUUCGCCUGAUGUGAAGUUUUUGGUGAAUCCUGAAUGCUACCAUAGAAUCUGCGAGUCAUGCGUUGAUCGAAUAUUCAGCCUGGGUCCUGCCCAGUGUCCGUAUAAAGGGUGUGACAAGAUUCUUAGAAAGAAUAAAUUUAAAACACAGAUAUUCGAUGAUGUAGAAGUUGAGAAAGAGGUCGACAUCAGGAAGAGAGUGUUUAAUGUGUUUAACAAAACUAUCGAUGACUUUAACGGUGACCUUGUGGAAUAUAACAAAUAUUUGGAAGAGGUGGAAGACAUUAUAUACAAGCUAGAUCAUGGAAUCGACGUGGCGAAGACGGAGGAGAAACUACGCACUUACGAGGAAUUAAACAAGCAAUUGAUUAUGAACAACUUAGAGAGAAACAGAACGGAGAUAGAAAGUUUCGAACAGAGACAAAAAUUUGAAAAGGAGAUGAAAUUGAAGAAGCGGUUAUUAGAAAGACAAAUUGAAGAGGAGGAAAGAAUGAACAAAGAAUGGACAAAGAAGGAAAUUGUCAAUCGGUUGAGUACGACAACCCAGGACAUCAAUGAAACAAUCGAAGGGGUUAAAAAUACGGUUAAAUUGAAAAAAUCGUCCGCUAGAAGAAAAUUGGAAGAACUAAACAGAGUGCUGAAAAACAAUCCAUAUUUCAACUCAAAUGUGAACGUACAGAACUCGAGGCUCAAAGAUGCUGUACCCUUCACACCGUUUAACGGUGAUAGAGAAACUCACCCAAGGUUUACGUUAAAGGGUUCAGUAUACAACGACCCAUUCAUCAAAGAUCUCGAACAUAGGAAAGAAUUCAUUGCGUCUGGGUUUAACACUAAUUAUGCGUACGAAAGGGUCUUGACAGAGGCAUUUAUGGGCCUAGGAUGUGUUAUAUCCGAGGAACUUUGA